AUGAGUCCUACUGUAUUUCUAGAGAGACAUAAGAUUGAUACAACUGACAGAAGAUCAACAUCGUCUCAUCGUUUUCUGACUGGUCGUGAUGUCUUGCUCAAUGAACGCACUGACAAAGGUACUGCUUUCACAAUCGAAGAACGACAAUUAUUGCGUAUUCAUGGUCUUUUGCCACCUUCUAUUGCCACUAUUGAUUUACAAGUCGAACGAUUUAUGGAGAAUUUGCGUCAUAUGCCCGAUGAUUUAUCACGAUACAUUUCUUUACUUGCUCUACAAGAUCGCAACGAGACAUUAUUCUAUCGUGUAAUCACGCAGCAUACGCAAGAGACUAUGCCUUUGGUCUAUACACCGACUGUCGGAUUGGCCUGUCAGAAGUAUGGUUUGAUAUUUGCAAAACCGAAAGGUCUGUUUUUAUCGAUUCAUGACAAAGGUCAUAUUUACGAUACUAUAAUCAAUUGGCCUGAAAAUGACAUUCGAGCAAUUGUAGUUACCGAUGGCGAGCGUAUAUUAGGCUUGGGUGAUUUGGGUUGCAAUGGUAUGGGUAUUCCUGUAGGUAAAUUAAGUUUGUAUACAGCAUUGGCUGGUGUUCCACCUCAAUACUGUUUACCGAUGAUGCUCGACGUGGGCACAAAUAAUGAAACGCUCCUCAACGAUAAAUACUAUUUGGGGUUGCGACAAAAGCGUGUUACCGGUAAAGAAUACGAUGAUUUUAUCGAUGAAUUUGUUCAAGCAAAUCACAAUGCAUUUCGAAUGUUGGCAAAAUAUCGAAAUGAAUAUUGCACAUUCAAUGAUGAUAUUCAAGGUACGGCUAGUGUAGCUGUCGCUGGUAUUCUCAGUUCGAUUCGAAUCACCCAACGAAAAUUGGCUGACAACACAUUUGUCUUCUAUGGGGCCGGUGAAGCAUCUAUCGGUAUAUCGGACUUACUCGUUUUGGCCAUGAAACGUGAAGGAUUAUCUGUUGAAGAGGCUCGGAAGAAAAUCUUCUUAGUUGAUUCCAAGGGACUGAUUGUCAAGAAUCGUCCGACGGGUGGAUUGAGCGAAGAAAAGAAGCGCUAUGCACAUGACCGAGAACCAGUUACUAAAUUGGUCGAUGUUAUUGAUGCAAUCAAACCGACAUUUCUCAUCGGUGCUGCUGGAAAAGGACCUGCAUUCACACGUGAGAUUCUCAAAAAGAUGGCGUCAUUCAACAAGCAUCCCGUCAUCUUUGCACUUUCGAAUCCUACAUCAAAAGCCGAAUGUACAGCUCAAGAAGCCUAUGAAGCUACCAAUGGUCAAUGUGUAUUUGCCUCAGGUUCACCUUUUCCAAAUGUCGAAUAUCAAGGCAAAACCUAUGUUUCUGGUCAAGGCAACAAUUCAUAUAUAUUUCCUGGUGUCGCCUUGGCUGUUGUGACCUGCCGUAUUCGACAUAUACCUGAAGAAAUAUUUUAUAUUGCUGCAAAAACUCUCUCAGAUCUCGUAACAGAAGAAGAUCUAGCUAUUGGUCUUGUAUAUCCAUCUAUUGAAAAGAUUCGUGAUGUAUCACGAAGUAUCGCUGUCAAGCUUGCUGAUUAUGCUUUUGAUAAUAAUCUGGCUUCUCUCUAUCCCAAGCCCAACGACAUGGAUGAAUUCAUUAAAUCAAAUCAGUAUACAGCCGAAUAUCAUGAAAUAUUGCCACGACAAUGGGAUUGGCCAAAAAUGAAUUAA